AUGGAGGGCAGUGGGGCUGAAAUUGGUGACGAAAAUGGUGAAGGUAGUCGCAAGGUUGAAGGAGAAGAAGAAGAAGAAGAAGAAGAAGACUUCAUAUGGAGGUACAAACCACAAUCCUCCUCCGACGAAGAGGGUGGUGAGGGUUGUUUCACAACCCCAAAAAAGCAAACGGUUGUAACUGCCUACGGGGAAGAGGAGGAAGUUCUUGAAUUGAAGGUUGGUAUGGUGUUUCCUGGUUGGGAGGAGAUUGAACAACAGUUUAGGGGGAUUAUUACUUAUAACCAGAAGAAGUUUUUAAGGGAAAAUCCUCAUGUGUUGACACAAGCGAAUGUAUGUUCGAAAUCUGGUAUGUCUGUGGCUCAAACUUAUAACUUAAUGGCGAUGCAACGGAAUGGCAGAGGUAGAAUGCAUUUCCUACGGAAGGAUCUUAAUGAUGUGGUUGCGAAGGAGAGGAAGGCUAGGACUAGUGGUGGUGAUGCAAAGCGGCAAGGUGCAAAUGGGAUGUUGCAGGAUGUUUUAUGGGUUGAUGCUCGUAGUAGAGCUGCUUAUGAGGAAUUUGGUGAUGUUGUUGGCUUUGAUAGUACGUACUUGACCAAUAAAUAUAAAAUGCCGUUUGCGAACUUUGUUGGUGUAAAUCAUCAUGGUCAGAGCAUAUUACUUGGAUGUGCGCUUGUUUCGCAUGAAAAUAGUGACACAUUCGAGUGGAUUUUCGGUAAUUGGUUAGAAUGUAUGGGUGAUAAAGCCCCAAUUUGGAUCUUAACUGAUAAAGAUCCCGCGAUGAGGAGGGCUUUGAGAUCAACCAUGAGCGAUACAUGUCAUAGGUGGUGCAUAUGGCACAAUCUUCAGAAGUUUAGUAGGAAGCUUGGAACGCAUUUAGAGUACCCCGAUUUAAAGGUAGACUUGGAGCGGGCAAUAUAUGAUAGUCUAACAUGUGAUGAGUUCGAAUUAAAUUGGGCAACAGUUAUGGAGAGGUACCAGGUUGAUGAUGAUUGGCUUGAAGGGUUGUAUGCGGAAAGGAACAUAUGGGUUCCUACCUAUGUGAAGCAUUUAUUUUGGGCUGGCAUGAAGACGACCCAACGAGUUGAAAGUAUCAACAGCUUUUUUGACCAAUUUGUACACAAGCAUACUCAUUUGUAUGAGUUUGUUGAGGCUUACUGUGAAGCAAUGGAGGCAAGGGCAAAUGAAGAAAGUAUGGCAGAUACCAGGACUGCGAGAAAUUUGAGGCAAAUUGUCACCUGUUCCCCAGCCGAGGAACUUUUCCAGAAAAUAUACACGGACGCCAAAUUUCAUGAGGUCCAAAGAGAGUGUAGUAGGGUACUGUAUGUGCGGUGUUUGAUUAAGAAAAUGUUGGAUGAUUCUGUUGAAGAGUACGAGCUUGAGGAUAGGGUUGGAUAA